GGGAAGGCGUCGGCGUCCUCGCACCCCCAGCGGCUCGGUAGCGGCAGGCGCGGCGUAGCGGCACCUGACCCACGAUCUCCCGCCCCCGCGGGCCGCCCCGCCCCAGGCCCGCCCGCGCCGCUAACUCCGAAGUGUGGGGCAGCAGCCGCCAUGGUGCGCUCACUCAACUCCAUCGUGGCCGUGUGCCAGAACAUGGGCAUCGGGAAGGACGGGAGCCUCCCCUGGCCCCCGCUGAGGAAUGAGUUUAAGUAUUUCCAGAGAAUGACUAGCACAUCCCACGUGGAAGGUAAACAGAAUGCACUGAUAAUGGGUAAAAAUACCUGGUUUUCCAUUCCUGAGAAGAAUCGUCCUUUAAAAGACAGAAUUAAUAUAGUGCUCAGCAGAGAGCUCAAGGAAACCCCAAAGGGAGCACAUUAUCUUUCCAAAAGUCUGGAUGAUGCUUUAGCUCUUCUGGAUUCACCAGAAUUAAAAAGUAAAGUAGACAUGGUUUGGAUUGUCGGAGGCACUUCAGUUUAUAAGGCAGCAAUGGAGAAGCCAAUUAAUCAUCGACUGUUUGUGACAAGAAUUUUGCAGGAAUUUGAAAGCGACACAUUUUUUCCAGAAAUUGACUUCAAUGACUACAAACUUCUCUCAGAAUACCCUGGUGUCCCUGCUGAUAUCCAAGAAGAAAAUGGCAUCCAGUACAAAUUUGAAGUGUAUGAAAAAGUUGUCUUGGCACAAUAAAUGAGGCUUUCUGUACUUCUACAUAAGGGUAGGCAUUUUAAAUCAUAAAGUCUUAUUGGAUGUAAAUAGAUAUAUAUUACAUUGUUGCCAGAAAAUCCUGCUUGAUAAUAUAAUACUUCAGCAGUGAAUGAUUCCAAAAAACACACCCACCACUUUGAAUAUACAUGCUACAGCAGAAAUAUGAGUGCAGUCAGCAGCAUGAAAGAGGUAGCUCUAAGAAAUGCCCCAACUAAGGUUGCAUGAGACCUUGUAUUGACCUUUACAAACCAAAGCAACAUCUGUAACAAGUACUUAAGCAAUGAAAGCAGGCAGUCUGCAGUAAGAACUUUUCUAACUAAAUAGACAUUCCGAACAGUUUUUUUUUUCUAGUUUGGAGUAUCUACUAAUUCAAGAAGUCCAACACUGAGAAGGAAUCAAAGAUCCUGAGCCUGAUUGGGAUGGUAUAUACAUUUACAACAACCUUUACAAUGUGUGGAAGAAAGGGAAAUUUUUCUUAUCAAAGGGAUAAGAAGGUGUGAGGCUGCUCAAGUCAUGUUGAAAUGGAGUCCAGAAGUGUCAGGCAGCAAUCCAGGGAUACACUGAUCCUUCAUGUAAGUCCUCUGUCAUGAUCUUAACCAUCCUGGGUACACAGCCAACUUCAUUCCUUUUGACUGAAAAUACUGUAUUACAGCUUAAUCUGAUAAAGAGGUUUAACUUUUCCAUUGACCUGACACUUGUGUAAAGGCUUGCAGAUCCUUGUUGCUCCUAUACAAAAUUGCUAGGUCAGUUUGUCUGUGGCCAUUUUGUGGUGUAAGAACAUAAACAUUACUUUCUUAACAGAAUCUGUGUCCUUGUCCCUUCUGAGUUUUAUCAAAAAAAAAUAUAAUGUAUAGUGUUAGCUUACUUCAUCAGUGUGAUUUCAAAUAUUGUACAUGGCAUAGAUUAUAAACAGAUAAUGGGUUUCUGUUUUGUCUUUGGUUACACAUAGCUAAUACAAUAACAUUUUGCAUUAUUAUUCCCUAACAGUAGCAAGCAAUAUACUGGUACUGUAAUAAGGCUGGGAUUCUAAAGGCAUACAAUACCAAGUGUUACCAAAAUUGUCGGGUGCCAAUACUAUCACAAUAUCACAUUAUCAGUAAUGCUAGUCUAUUGCUAUGUUCUGACUACACCCAUCCUACUCCAUGGAGAGGUUGGCAGAGGGUAGAGGAAUCCAUAUGCCAAGAGAUACGGACAGAAGCUGGGAUGUACUUUGCCCAGCUAUGCUUCCUUGUGCUAUAGCUACCACCUUGAGGGUGAGAAUGUACCAGAAAGGAUCCCUGCCUCCCAGUCACUGCAGGUCAACCUGAGAAAGGAGAGUUAAGAAACUUAACCCUCAAAAAAUCUGUUUACUCUUUCCCCAUAGCAUUUUUAAAGCAUUAUCACAUGAAGCAGUAGUGUGAGAGAUUCAAGUGAUAAUGCCCAACCUUUAACGUUGCACUAAGGCCCAGUCCUAGUGUCAGUGAGAGCAGCACUGGCCAUCAGCAAAUCUGGGUACAGCAGGAGCGUAACAGCAUCCAGUUUUUAAGAGAAGAGUUGAAACUUGAUUUUGCUUGCCUUUAAAAAAACAAAAAGAAACCUCAUUGAUAAGGGAAAAACACUUAGAAUAUCAGCUUUGAACAACCAUUGAAUUUUCCAUGACAGUUUGACAACAGUUAACUAAUACAAAGAAUAAUUUUUGCAGUUUCUGUGCUGGGUUGUCUUGAUUUUUCUCCAUGUUCUUUCACAGUCUUAAAUCUAGGUACUUUCCUUUGUUAGUCUUCUUGUUCCAUAUGUGCUAACUUUACAUCAGUCAAUAAAGAUUUAAACAUCAA